UGCGGGCAGGGCUUUAAACAGAACUCUGCCCUGAUCACCCACCGGCGCAUCCACACCGGGGAGAGACCCCACGAGUGUCCCCAGUGUGGGAAGGGAUUCACAGACAGCUCCCAUCUGACUGUCCACCUGAGGAGCCACACGGGGGAGAGGCCCUAUGAGUGUGAGCAGUGCAAUAAGAGGUUUUGCACCUCGUCUGAUCUCCUCAAGCACCAGCGCAUCCACACGGAUGAGAAACCCUUCCGCUGUCCCGAAUGUGGGGUGGGAUUCAAAGAGAACUCAACUUUGGUCAGACACAGGAGGAUCCACACCGGGGAGAGACCCCACAGGUGUCCCCAGUGUGGGAAGAGCUUUUCUCAAAUUUCCAGCUUGACCAGACACCAGAAGAGGCAUGAGAUGGAGAAGCCCCACAAGUGCUCCGAGUGUGGGAAGAGCUUCAGGUGGAGCUCGUCCCUGAGCAAGCAUCGCAGAAUCCACAAGGGGCAGCAGGUGGGGUCUGAGGGGGACAAACCCACCCUGGACCAGGGUCAGGGAUCAGAGCUGGGGCUCCAUGAGCAGCUCCAGGAGAAGCCCCACACGUGCUGCGAGUGUGGGAAGAGCUUCAGGUUGAGAUCCUGCCUGAUUAUCCACCAGAGGAUCCACACGGGUGGACAGCUGAGAUCUGAAGGAGAAAAACCCAACUUGGACCAUGGUGGUGGUCAGAGAUCAGAGCUGGAGGUCCAUGAGCAGCUCCAGGAUGAGGAGAAACCUCCCAAGUUCUUGGAAUGGGAGAAGAGCUUCAUGCUGAGCUCCCACCUGAUUGAACACCUGAAGAACCAGACGGAGCAACAGCUGAGAUUCGAGGGAGAAAAACCCAACCUGGGUUAUGGAGGUGCUCAGAUAUCAGAGGUGGAGGUCCAUGAGCAGCUCCAAGAUGAGGAGAAGCCCCACAGGUGCUCGGAAUGUGGGGAGAUCUUCACGCUGAGUUCCCACCUGAUGGAACACCUGAAGCUCCACACAGAGCAGCAGGUGAGAUCCGAGGGGGACAAACCCAGCCUGGACCAGGGAGGUGAGCAGAGCUUGGAGCUGGGGCUCCAUGAGCAGCUCCAGGGUGGGGAGGAGAAGCCCCACAGGUGCUCGGAGUGUGGGAAGAUCUUCAGGUGGAGAGCCAACCUGGUCCGCCACCUCAGAAUCCACACGGGAGAACGUCCCUACCAGUGUGGGGUGUGUGGGAAGAGCUUCAGCCAGAAUUCCAACCUGACUGUCCACCUCAAAAUCCACACGGGGCAACAGGUGGGGUCCGAGGGGGACAAACCCACCCUGGAGCAGGGUCAGAGCUCAGAGCCGGGGCUCCACGAGGAGCUCCAGAAUGGGGAGAAGAAGUCCCACAAGUGCUCCGAGUGUGGGAAGAUCUUCAGGUGGAGGUCCAACCUGAUCCGCCACCGCAGGAUGCACACUGGGGAGAGGCCCUACGUGUGUGGGCACUGCGGGAAGGGCUUCACCCAGAAAGCCCACGUGAUGGAGCACCAGAAGAUCCACGUGGGGCCACAGCUGGGCGGAAAACCAACCCUGGGUCGUGAAGGGGCUCAGGGAUCAGAGCUUGGGGUCCACGAGCAGCUCCAGGUUGGGGAGGAGAAGCCCCACAAGUGCUCCGAGUGUGGGAAGAGCUUCAGGUGGAGAUCCAAAAUGAUGAGGCAUUUCAGAACCCACACGGGGGGACAGCUGAGAUCUGAGGGGGAAAAACCCACCCUGGGUGAGGGAUCGGAGCUGGGGGUCCAAGAGCAGCUCCAGGAUGGGGAGGAGAAGCCCCACAAGUGCUCGGAGUGUGGGAAGAGCUUCUGGAAGAGCUCCAACCUGACCCGCCACCUCAGAAUCCACACGGGAGAGCGGCCCUACGUGUGUGGGGUGUGUGGGAAGAGCUUCACCCAGAAAACCCACCUGAGUGACCACCAGAAGGUCCACACUGGGCAACAGCUGGGCGGAAAUCCAACCCCGGCUCAUGAAGGGGGUCAGAUAGUGAUGGUGGUGGUCCAAGAGCAGCUCCAAGAUGGGGAGAAGAAGCCCCACAAGUGCUCGGAGUGCGGGAAGAGCUUCAGGAAGAGAGCCAACCUGAUGGAGCACAGCAGGGUCCACACCGGGGAGAAGCCCUACAAGUGUGGGGAGUGUGGGGAGAGCUUCAGCUGGAGCUCGCAGCUCAUCCGCCACCAGAGGGUCACCCACACCGGCGAGAGACCUUACCCGUGCCAGUUCUGCGCCAAGAGCUUCACCUGCAAGUCCCACCUGACCAGCCACCUGAGGACCCACACCGGGGAGAAGCCCUACGA